AUGGCUGGUUUCAUUAGUCGAACUUCCAAGCGCCGACGAAGUAGCUGGAGCUUCGGAAAAGACGACGUAAUUUUUCGCAUACCCGCAAGCAUGAAAUCGGCACUCAGCGCAUUGCAUCUUGACUGUCUUCAACCGGACCACAUACAGUCGAGGAAGAACACACAGUCCGUUUUGUCUACCUUGACCGCAGCAGCUCUGCCCUGCAUGGCACCACUACGUUCGCGUCUGCACUCUGACACAUGUUCCAUAAAGGUGGAUGGAGCAGACGAACGAGAGCAAACGAGCACUUUGCAAAGAUCCAGCACGUUUCUGGCGAAUCCAGCUCGUUCGCUAUCCGCACCAAGGGAUUUCGACUCCCAUCUGUUGGGAGUUCAUGGACCAAUACGUACAGUGCGGAGCAGUGCGAGCCUGUUCCCACUUGGGUAGUUCGCAAGGGCACCGGCGCUCUUCAAGAAUUCAACCAUUCCAAUGGAGAUUUGACUUUCAACUUCGUGUCUCUAGCACUCAACUAUUCAUGGUGGUGUAUAGUUUAAUGCAAAGCAUUUGUCAUCCUAUUUAGGAGUUAUUUUUGGUUCCCAGAAGUAUGUUAAAUGCCACAAUUACAACAAGAUGGCAGUGCU